CUACUAACAUGACUUCUGAGCAAACAUUCUCUGUAACCGAUCUUACUAUUUCAAAUAAAAGGAAUAGAUUAGAUGAUGAAUCUGCAAGGGCGAUUCUGUCUAAAAAGUUGACUUUAAAGGAAAAUUUGCAAUACGGAUAA